AUGACUCCCAAUAGUUCAGUGGCACAGAAUCCGAACGAAAAGGGGCCUCGAAACGUGAAUAUUUCCGCAGACGUCGAGAAACAUGUGACUUUCGGUGUAACGAAAGUGUUUUAUUUCAAACGGUGCCAGGGAACGGCUUCUGUGCCGGACGAUGGCGGCAUCAGUCUAGGCAUGGAACCGGAGCCUUUCCUGUUGCGAACUUUUCCAAUAUCAGGAGGUAAGCCGUGUUCGUCUGAAAUCGCCACCGCUGCAGUCACCAAGACAACUGCUGCGGAGCCACCACACAUCAAAGAAUUGCCCCCAAAACAAAGACGCAAGCUGCUAACCGCCUGUGAUGUGCGGAUCCGUAUGGACGAGGCGAAGGAAAAUCGAGCCAUUAUGAUGUCUAGGAAAAAGUGCGGCUGUCGAUGCUUCCGCCAUUGCAACCCGAGGAAAUGUAGAUGCGCCCUUGAAGAGAUCAGCUGCUACGUGAAUCAUGGCAAAUAUCCUUGUGCAUGCAGCAAGCAGAAUUGCAGUAAUCCGUUCGGGCGACGAGCCUUCGAUGAGGACGCGGUCAGUGCACACUACAAAAGUGUUUUCUGUUAG